AUGCGAGUGUUCCAAACUCGGGGAAAAAGGCCUGCACCCCGGUCUGGGGCGAGCAAUUCACCCAACCGCGUAGCGCCUUCGCCGCCGUCGCCCGCAAAAGGCUCAAAGGGAAAAGGACGCGCUCCCCGACUCAAGGAGUCCGAUGACGGCGAGACGGCCUCCGAAGAGGACUUCAAAGAAGAUUUGGAGCCCGAGGUGAAGCCGAAACCCCGCGGGCGCCUGCGGAAAGACGUCUUGAAGGAGGCGGCUAAGAGGAUGAAACGAUCCUGA